AUGGAUGCUCUCCAGAAGAAACUCUUCGCGGCUCAAGGGUCUCAGCUUCGUCUAUAUGAACAGUACAUGUCUUCGGUUUCAAGAUUGAAGGAGAAAGACCAAGUCAUCGACCUCGUUAGAUCUGAGGCGAGUAUCAACGCGCAGGCUCUGAAGAAUAAGAAGAAAGGGCCAGGGAAGCAGCUUGUCGGUGAAGACGAGACUAAGUUGAGCAAAUGGGAUCAGAAACCGUCAAUGCAAAAGGCUGCCUCUUUGGUUUCAUUGGUGACAGAGAUGCACAACGAAAGAAAGUUUCUCACCUUCAAGCUGGAUAGAGCGGAGCAAGAAGUGGAACGUGUGAGGGAGCAAAACAGAGAGCUGAAAAAAGAGUUGCGUAGGAAUCUUACGUCCAAGAAGAGAAAAGAGAAAGCGGCCUAA